CGUGCGUGUGUGAUCAGUCACAAACGGACCGUGCAUUAUAAGUUGAUUGCGUUUCGAACUAUUGGUACGAAAAUAAGCGUUGUUGUUCGUGUUGCUUUACACUUUUUGCGAGUGGUCCGCAUCAUAUUUCACACUCGUCAAGGAACAAAGGAGGUUGUCACACUAAAAGUAAUCGCCUGGAUGUCAGGCUAUUACAGCCCUCGGACGUGAGCAGUAUGUGGUGCGGAGACUGGCGUAACCUUCCUCAGGAGACGCUUUGCCUCCUAAGAAAAUCAGAAGAAUGCAGGACAUACCUGGAGGAGGCUCAGCAUUAUUUAUAUACACUUGGAAACGAGGAAGAUGAAAACGACAUGUCACGCAUUGUCAGGGUGGCAUGUCUCGAACCCUACCUUUUCGGCCACAGCUUUUUUAACAAGGAAACUGAGACCUGGGCACGAUGCAGUGGGAUUUACCAUGCCACGAUCAAAGUUACGGAGAGCGAAUUCAGCAGAGAAGUGAGAGAAAUCGUCAUAGUUUUGGACACGCUGGCUUAUCACAUCUCCCUAUUGAUCCAACUGACCACUGCAACCAACAUGACACAGCCCAUAUCCCAUUUGAGUGAAGAACAGCAGGACCUGUUGACACUCUUUGAUGAGCAGACAUCUUAUGCAAAAGCAGCAUCCCUAGUCAAGCCAUCCGACAUCUAUAGCAUAUUCAGGAAGAAGCUGAGAGUCGCAUCGCUGAGAGAAGAACAAGUUCUGGGCUGCUUCCUCAUAGCUCUGAAAGCUGCCCUUGCUCAGAGUAGUGGAUCUCUAGGUGGUAUGCUGUCCAACAUACUGGAGGAACAGCGGAGAAAUGAUAAGAGCGGGGAGGACAAACUAAAAAACUCUGGAAACCAGAAGUUCAAGGACAAAAAAUACAAGGAGGCAUACGACCUGUACACUGACGCCAUUAGAAAAACAAGGUACAGCCACCUGCUGUACAGUAAUAGGGCACAAUGCUCCCUUCGGUUACAACGGUACCAGGAGGCUGAAAUGGAUGCACGUAGAACGAUAAUUUUAUGUCCAAAUUUUGAAAAGGGUUAUUACAAGAUGGUACAAGUUUUUGAUGGCCAGCUACAGCACACUCAAGCAUUACAAGUGUUAGACUUUUACGGAAGGCGGUGCAACAUUCUGAACCAAAACUUUAGCCAUGAAAUGCAAGACCUACAGAAGAGAAUUACUGAAAAUAAUGGAAAGUCCAAAAACGGCAAGAUAGAAAACAGUAGUCACAGCACUCCCACAAAGAACAAACCUAAAGCUGUUCCGUCCAUUCCUGUGCCAGACCUUUUAUCUGAAUCUGACUCCGAUCCCGAGGAAAAAGACAUAGUUGUUAUCCCAGAACCUAUUACGAAGGUGGAAGAUAGCGUUAUGGAGGCUGCUCAGUGUCGGGAAAUUAUACAGAAAGCUUCGGAAGACUUGGUCGACGGAUUGUAUAAGUCUGCACUUCAAGGUUAUAAGCGUGUUUUGUCAUCAAAGACUGACCUUCCAGAAUUCGAUUUGGUAUUCCUAAAGUACGCAGCAGGAUAUACUUGUCUUCAAAUGGGCUCUUUAGAGGACCUUAAAGAAGCCAUCAGAGUGUUUUCAGAUGCAACCGAUAACCAUAAAAAAGUUGUCUUUCCUCUUGCGUACCAUGGUUUAGCUGAAGCUCACAUCAAAAUGAACAGGUACGCUGAAGCACUGCCAUAUAUCACCAAAGGCCUCGAUAUUAUAGAUAAGGGCAUUUUCUUCAAUGAGGCCAUAACAUGGCCAGGAACCAAACAGAAGGUUGCCAUGAGAGAUAAAGCCAGCCUAAAAAAGUCCUUAGAAGAACUGAAAGGAGUGUGCAGAGCACCUCCAAAACCGGAUGCCAUAUGCCGUGGUGAGGACUGCCCCAUGCACCGAAACAUCUACUACAGUGACCCUGAUUUCAAGGGAUUCCAGCAGCUACAUUGCCAUUCAAAGUGUGUUAUCCAAUACCAUCCAUCUUGUUGGAAAGAUCACAGAGAUGACAUGAACCUCACAGAGAAGGGAUUUCUUGGAACCGUAUGCCCGACACCGGACUGUAAGGACAUCAUCAUCGAAGUAGAGACCAUCGAAAAAGACGGUACAAUUGGUAGACAUUUUGUCCAUUCUGAAUACGACAAAGAAAAUAUUCCAAGGCAGAAAAAGACAAAGAAAGAAAAGAAGCAAGAGCUGCGUGAAUUAAAAAAGAAACAACGUCGUGACACCAAUACGGGCCACCCAGCAGAGCAGAAAGACGACGACCUCACCUCUGUGGUGAGCGCUGGCUGCGACUCUGUUGGGAGUAACCACGACGACGUUGGUGCAAGCCCUACGGACUUGGGGAAACACGAGGUAGUGCUCAAAAGCGAAAGCAAGGCUACGCUGAGGAAGGAAAGCCUUACCGAGGAGACGAAACCCGGAGCAGAAGACGUGAAAGAAGGCAAGAACGAAUCUCCCCCGGUGCCUCCCGCAACCGAUGCACCCUACGUACUGAAAAGAGAUGAGGAGGAGGAUCUUCCCGACGUCAAGAGUAAAAAAUGCAAAGACAAGAAAAAGCGAAAUAGAGGCAUACACACUCUCGACAUUGGCCCUGAAGUGAACCUCUACUCAGAGUAUGAAGAAAGGAUUGCCAGGCUGGCAUUCCAGAAAAAUGUUGUGGAAGAAGGACCUCAAUGGGGCACGUUCUGUGAGACACAGAAAGAAAGGCAAGUGUGCUUUGUCUACGCAAGGACAUUGCCCCUUUUGAGCAGAAGUGCUUUCUGCUCCUGGUAUUGUGCUUCAUGUAGACACCCCUUUUUGCCCUUCACUAUAUCAUUUUGUAGGUUCCCCAGCCUGGAUCCCUCUCGACCUUUCUUCAUCCCAGAGCAGCUCCGGGACAAUGAAAUUGCUCUGGAGGCCGUGCUGCAGCAUCGGGGCAAUUACCAGAAUAAGGAAGAGACACGAGAGAUCCGUGAGAACAUCUACGAGUACCUUCAGGAUUUCCUCGGCAGCACUGGGCCCCUCUCCAUCAACGACCCCUCCUUGCUGAACGAACUGGAGAACUUCCCGCCCGAGGCCAGGGCCCUCAUGGAGAGCGUCGGGGGCCUCUUCAACUUCCUCCUGCAGUCGAUGCGGUUUUACACGGACGGUGAGAUGGUGCACGCGUACCCUCGCAGGUCGAGUUACGUCUCCGCGGAGACCUCCCCCGUCGACGCAGUCUCCGCGUUUAGUUACGACCCUCCGCUACGGUCUGUGCACACGAGCGGAGGCCUCCGCGACCUACCUCCCCUCCUCGACUCGACCGACGACGAGUACGAUUCGGACAGCACCGACGACGACGAUGAUGAUACGGACUAUAAUGAAGACACAAUUCAGGAUGAAGAAUCGCAGCAAGUUUUUGAGACACCGGCGUCUUCCAACUUCAAUCCGCGUGCGGAAGGCUUCAACCUUGUCCCGGCGCGUACGGAAAGUUCCCCUUCGCCACCGCAGCCAGCUCCAAAGAUGCAGACGACACCACCACCAGCAGCUACGCCGUCUGCUCUGCCCGCGAAUGUCGGCAGACCGCCGGCAACGUUCGGCGGCAACGCUGCGCCGAAGGAAGAGAGCAAGCCGAAGUCCAAGAAUGCUGCCGUUGUGGUGCAGAACCUGCUUCCGACUUUGUCGCGGAGGCACCUGUCCGACUGUGUGGCGGCGGCGUUGAACUGUCUCGAAAAGGACGUUUCAGCUGCGACGUUGAAGGAGAUCAACGAGCAGCUGCAGUCGUGCCAGCUAGUCAGUAACUGUGUGGGGAAAAUGGAUUCUGCAGUGCAGGCCACCUUGGAGGCCACAGAUUAUCUCCGCCUACAAGAAGAAAGUGUGAUGCUAAAAGAGCAGCUAGACAAUGCCCUCGACGCAAACUGUAAGCUGCAGCGGAAAUUCACUCUUGACAUGGGCCAGACCAAAGAGAAGCUGGAUGAGGUUACUGCAGAACUGCAGGAGUCCAAAGAGUCUUGGAAGAAGACCAGACUUGAGAUGGAAACUGAGAUCAAAAGACUACAACAAGAAAAGCUGAAGAUGAAAGAGCUCAAGGAUGAACUUAAGUCUGCCAGAAGUGCGAGUGGUGACCCAAACGCUGCGGACAACUUAGACAAGGUGGUUGCUGAAUUGACCAAAGAAAGAUUUGAGCAUCAAGAAUUGCAAGAAAAUUUCAAGGUAUUUCAGGAAGCCGCAGAUACAGCUGUAGAAAGGGCAAAAGUCGCAGAGAUAACUGUGCUAAGGACUGCUCUAAAGUGGGCCAAGGAGAGACACGAGAAUGCAGUCACGAAGGCGAGGAAAACAUUGCAGGACCUGGAACGUAUCCCAAUACUGCCCGGUUCUGACUUCCGCUUCACCAGUGAGGUUGCGAGAGGGAAGGAGCUUGCAGACUCGUUCAUCAGAGAGUGGGCCACCCUGUACAGCAAGUUUGAGAGAGACAUCAACGUUCACAUCGGCAAGCUGGAAGACGGAGCAGCCUUGGCUGAUCUUCCCAUCCUGGACUUGCCAAACAAACCAGAGUUCAACUAUGUACCUCCCAUGUUGCCUCCUCCUCCGCUUCUGGGCAAUGCACCUCGUUUCCCAGGACCACUGAUGCCCCGACCGUCUGAUCCCAUAAUGUCUCGUCCGUUUGCAGGUAAUGGUUUGCUGCCACCUCCUUACCUCAUGCCACAUCUGCCAAUACCCAGCCUCGUGGCACAGCCGGCUUCACGUUGCCUUCCACAAACCCCUGCCAGUGCCUUUCGUCCACCGCCGCUGCCAAACCAGCUCAACCAGCCCAAAACAGCUACUUCUGGGCCACCCCCUGGUCUAUCAGACAGGCCAGCCAGUUCAGUGCGCGGAAGAAGCCCGGCGUCGUCGAUGGACUCCAUGGAUGACAUCACAGUGGACACUGCAGCCUCGAGGCCAUCCAAGCAGCCCGCGGGAGCUUCUAAUGUGCCAUCCCAGACGACCGUGCCCGAGCCUGGCCUGGCAAGGGCAAGCAAGGUCGCGGGCAGUGUGAACGGUGCCAGGGCCGCUGAAAGCGCGGUGAACGGCCGAUCGAGCGUGGCCGGUCAAUCGGGAUUUGGGGCGUCACCAGCCCGUACACCACUGAACGUGGACACUACCAUUGAUGCCAAAGCCCAGGCAAAGGGGGAAAGGUCGGAAAGACUGCUGAUGCGGCUCCAGGCUAGAUUCCCGAACAUUCCGCAAGAUGCCAUCUUGAACUACUUGAAAGAAGUCAGAACGAUGAAAAAUGGACUGUCGGGGAUGACCAUAACGGAAAUCAUUGACCGUGUCACAGAAAUCAUCGAAAAAGACCAGCCUAGGGCUCCACGUACCAUGUCUAGAUUGAACAGAGAGGCCGUGCGUGGUACCCUGAGACCCAUGCGACCUCAUACCGAGCCUGCGGCAGCCAGCGAUGCACCGGGACCGUCCCGUCGCAUGUGGGCCACAGCGGGAAAGAAUGACACGCUUCGAAACUGGGACGGCAAGAAUAGUCAGUGCAGCAUUUGCCUGGAGGAGCUUGAUGGCACCCACAAGCAGGUGACCAACUCCUGUGGUCACACAUUUCACGAGCAUUGCAUACAAGGCUGGUACAAGAACGACCACACCUGUCCCAACUGCCGAGCUCACAGCCUGCCAGAAACAGAUUUCCCUUCACUGGGGAAGUGAUAAGGGCUGUGAUUUUUUUUUUUUUUUUUUAUAAACUGCUUUCCAACUUCCAGUUCUGAUGGUUUUUAAUUGCCCAUACAAAUUGUAAUGUGCCCCCAACAUUAUUUUUUCUCCUCAUCUGCUUUUCCUUGAUUACCUUUCUGCAUAUGCUCAGAAUAAAUAUUUUUAUAGUGA